AUGGGAUCUGGACUCUCGAAGGUCAUGGAUGACCUUCUUGAGGAUACUAAUUUUGAUAGAGAUGAGAUUGAGAGACUUAGGAAACGAUUCAUGAAGUUGGACCGAGACAGUUCAGGGUCAAUAGACAAAGCCGAGUUUAUGUCGAUACCUGGGGUCUCAUCUAAUCCUUUGGCAGGGAGAAUUAUGGAGGUUUUUGAUCAAGAUAAUAGCGGAGACGUGGAUUUCCAAGAGUUUAUCACCGGUCUUUCAAUAUUCAGCGGAAGGGGAAGUAAAGAUGAAAAGCUUAAAUUCGCUUUCAAGAUAUACGACAUUGAUAAGGACGGUUUGAUCUCUAAUGGAGAGUUAUUCAUAGUGCUGAAAAUAAUGGUGGGGAAUAAUCUGGAAGACGAGCAAUUACAACAAAUUGUGGAUAGGACAAUUCAAGAAAACGAUGGCGAUGCUGACGGGAAACUCGGCUUUGAAGAGUUUAAGAAAGCAGUAGAAACUACUGAGGUGGCAAACUCGCUUACUCUUCAGUACGACAUAUGA